CUCCGCGUUCCUCAACCACCAACACCCUGUCGACGCAGAGUUCACUACAUCUGGAGUGCAGGUCGCACAAGCUCAGGAUACCUUGACUGCACGGACGUCACCGUUAUACGCGCACAGCUUCUGAUUUGGACCGGCUUCCGCUGACUAGUAGGCGCCCAACAAGCGCCACACUUCGCACCAUCCUAUACCUCUUUUAACCGCUCGGCUACUGCUCGGUCAGGCCAAUUGAGACUCAGGAAUAGGUCCUUCCCUCUUGUCCACCCCCACAUCUGUCAUGGCCUCCGUCGCAGGCACGUCCUUGGCUGCCCCCGCCGAGUCCGAGUCCGAUGCACCGUCUCAGCCACUCCCCCUAUACACUUGGCGCGAGUUCAGUCCUGACGCACGCCUUUGGUACUGCAAGACAGUAUCCGAGGCCAAUAAUGCAGUGAACAGGAUACGCUCUGACAGCGUAGGCUUUGACAUGGAGUGGAAGCCCGUCUACGUCUCUGGUCAGGCGGAGAACCGCGUCGCGCUCGUUCAGGUCGCCGAUGGUGAUCAUAUCGUUCUCGUACAAGUCAGUCAGAUGCAACUCUUUCCUGAACAAUUGCGUCUGCUGCUUGAGGACCCUUCUGUUGCUAAAACGGGCGUCGGCAUAAGUGGAGACGCCCAAAAACUUUACAGAGACCACGGCAUCUCAAUGUCGAACGUAGUCGACCUUGGUCUUAUGACCCGCUCGGUGGACAAUGCGAACUGGAAAGGUCCUUACAGCAGCCCUAUUGGGCUCGCGAGGCUCAUCGACUUCUACGAGAAGCGCGAGCUGCGCAAGGGGAGGAUCUCGCGCAGCAACUGGGAGAAGGUACCUCUGAGCGAUGAGCAGAAACAAUACGCCGCGAACGACGCGCACUGCGCCUGGGUGCUUUACGGUCGCUUGCGGACGUUGCUAUCGGUCAUGGCGAAGCAGCCGAAGCCCGUGUGCUACACGUUCGAUGCCGUGCGCGGUCGGUUGUGCGAGCCCAAAACGACGGCUGAAUGGAAGCCUGCUAAUCCGGACUACGAUCCCGGCCCUCCGCCGCCGAAGCUUGAGCCGUACUUGUGGAGCAAGUUCAGCCCGAACGCGCAGCUGAAGUACUGCAAGACGGUCGAGGAGGCGGACGCGGCGAUUUCUGCGAUUUCUUCGCCGGCGGUCGGAUUCGAUAUCGUGCUUCGCAGGCCAAAGAAGGAUGAUGAGUUACCGGUCAAGCACGUCGCGAUGAUUCUUUUGGCUGACGAGCACUGGGUCAUUUUGAUCCACCUUGAGAGGAUGCACGAAGCCUUCCCCGACAAGCUACGCGAGCUUCUUCAGAACACUCUGGUCGUUAAAGCCGGUAUGGUUCGAGGAUCCAGCCUACAACUUUACAUGCAAUACGGCGUGCCCACAGCAAACAUCAUCGACCUUUCCUUGUUUGCUCGCUCCGUGGACAGCAAUCGCUGGAAAAAGGGCAGCUACGAGGACUUACUAACGCUUCGAGAGCUCAUUGUUGCAUAUGAUGAACACACCUUCCCGAAAAACUCGGAUGGCUUUCCGAAGGACCUAGACUGGCGAUUACCGUUGACUCCAGAGCUCAUGCUAUACGCUGCUAACUCUGCGCACGGCCGGUGGCACGUGUACACCAAGCUUGCCACGCUCCUGAGCAAGAUGGUCAAGCAGCCGUUGGCGGCGUACUACACCUACGAUGUGAGCUCGGGCGCGCUAUGCCACCCCUGCACGAGCACACCCUGGGUGCCACAUAACCCGGAUUACAAGCGAAGCGCGCCCGCCGGUAAGGGCAAAGGGAAGGGCGGCCAACAAAAGAAGCCCCCGCUCAAGGGCGCACAACAGCGUCCUGUGCCCACGACCGCUCCCCCUGGCGGGUAUGGCAGAGGAAGCGUGCCUCACAGCGGCAGAGACGCACCAUCGACAAGCACCGUCCCACCAAUAGUUCACACAACUGGGUAUAUUGAACCCGUGUCUGAUGCUAUUGCUGCCAUCCGAGCUCGCACGGCUGUGCGCCAGGCUCGCCCGCGGCCCUCCAACCCAGGCUCUGUCAAUACGAUGCGCGAGAAGGCGCAAGCUCGCCAGCAACCGGACCCCUCGUACCUCGCGCAACGCGGCGUUGCUACCGCGUCGCCACCGCAAACUCAUCAAGAAUCAGCGCCCUCCACCUCGGGCUCGACUGGCCCCCCGAAGCGAGGUGGGAAGGGAAACAACAAAAGGCGGAAGUAAUACAAUGAAGGAAUCCAGUACCUCGCUAUGCGCACGUACUGUUUUGUAACGCACUCACAUGUCCAGUAUCCGCCGGCGGAUACCUCUUGCUGAUCUACCUACGAUGAUUCGUGCUACUGUCGCCGCUGUCCAAUCCGUCGCUGUAAUUGCUGUUACAUAUGCACGCCUCUGUAUACAUGUAGUAAGACACUCCUCUGUACUCUUUGGUCUGUACUCUUUGAUAUCUUGGCUAUAUAGUGCACUCUACCCUUGGAAA